AAUUACAUUGCACUCAGGUUCCUGAGAACCGAACCACAAAAGCACUAGCUGUAGAGCCUCUUGUACUGGAAUCCCCUCAGAAGUUCUUCUUGCGUAUGAAGCAGAAGUUGCAGAAGCAGCGAAAAGAUCCAACACCUUCAAACCCAAUCAAGCAGAACGAUCCUCCUUCCACAACUACAGAAAAGCCAGUAGUCAAAUCUACUUUUGCUGAGCAGCUCAGGAAUGGUCCUACAGACUAUGCGGCCACCGAUAAGGAUGAUCAGGACAAUUUCCUUAUGGAAUCAAUGGAUGCUGAUGAUGAAAUGUCUCAAAAUACAAUGACUAGUUCUGUGAAUUUAAACUCCGCCCCUUUUGAAAAUGGGGAUCAGUUAGAAGAAAGGUGGGGAAAUGGAGAAGCAAAAUGUACUGAACUUCAUCAGGACAGAAGAGAGUUGCAGCCAAGUCAUAAGCAAGCUGCUCGUGGAGUAGAAAAGAUACUGGAGACUAAUUCUGAAAAGCCCUCACAGUGCUUUUGUAGUAUUAUGCUCUCUUCUCCCAAAAUCCACAUUCCAAGGAAGCAAAAGCCAAAAGGCGGCUGUGAGGUCCCUUUGGAUAAACCUCAUACAGAUCAAGUUGCUCGCAGAGCUGACAAAGAGAAAAAUAUCUGCCUAACCAGCUGGAGAAUUAAGGUGAUGGAUGGUAACACUGCAAUAUGUGUUGAAGGAAAACGGAAAGACAUGAAAGAUCUGUGUUGGCACAGUAAUGCAAUUAUGGAACGCAUAGCACGCAACCAAGUUAAAACAGCAUCUGGCAGUAUCUACUUGCUACAGGGAAAUAUAGAUUCAGCUUCGAUGAGAAAAGAAGGAUUUCCCUACCGUUUCAUCAAAAGAUUUAUGUAUGGGUUUUCCAAAAAGUGGAAGGAGUACGUCAAGGAGUUUCUUGAGGAAAGGAGGAGGAAAGAACAAAAACAAAAUACUCGUGAGGACGAAAAUGAAGAGAGCGACUCAGCGGUGCGUACGGAUGCGUUGAAUAAUGCAGAAGGCUCAGCAAGAGAUGUAAAGAAACCUGCAACCGUAAACACCACCUACGAAGUAUUACCGAAGAACGAUGAAAACGCUUAUACAACGCCGAAGCACAGUUCCAUACUGAAUGACUCCAACAGAGUUUACACUCGUAGCGGCCGUCUCGUUAAACCGCCGUUAAACUACUGGUGUGGGCAACGUGAAUUUGUUGACCAGAAACUAAAUGUUACUAUAGAAGAAGGUGGAACAGAUUAUUUGAGCAUGAUGUUUAGUAAUGAAAAAUCCCAAAGAAAGACCAGUUCCAUCUCUAAGAAGAGUAAAAGAACGGAAGUAAUGAAGGCAACAGAAGAAACAGCAAAAAGCCAAAGUAAAGGGGAAAAAAACGAAAAAGGAGCAAGUUCCAAAAGAGAAACCAACCCCCCUGGAAGCAAGGAGGCCAGGCGCUGCAUUUCGGAUGACGGUGAAAGCACUCAUGCAAUCAAUAGUACAAAAAUUAAAACACGGCUUUCUGUUAAGCAGACUGCCUUAAAUACUGAAGUACUAAACAAACAUAACUACAACAGCACAACCCCAGGAAUGACAAAGGAAAAGAGAGGAACAGAAAAUGGAGAAUUGACAAUGUACCAGCAGGCUUACAAGUGCUCUUUAAGGUCAGCCAAACGCCUUCAAGGCAAGCAUUUAAGAGAAGAAUCGUCAAGCAAAGAUGAUGAGGAGGAAUCCAGUGAAGAUAUCCCACUGUCUAUCAAAAGGAAAAAUCAACCUUUAUUUAAAAAAGAGACUCAAAACUCUAAAUCUGCCUCUAACUGUAAAAGCUCACAGGACGACGCAGACGCGGUGGUGCGUGAACAGCGGAUGGCAAAACGCUCUGCCCCCGCCAACGCGCCGCUGAGGCAGAGUGCACCCGCGUCCGGGUCUGAUUUACUGGAAGGAAAAACACCUUCUAGUGAGUCCAGUGCUUCCCAUCUGCCCGAUACGGCAACGAGGACAAGAAGCAGAAUCAACCCUCCGCGGUAUCUGCUUGAAUCUGACACUGAGACAGAAAGCAGUGACGAGGAAUUUCAAGUAAAAGAAAAGAAUUCAAAAGCACCUGAUAAAAACCCGAACUGUAAAGUUUCUAAUACUGCCAAGUCUUCAGCAGCAAAAGCGAGAGAACCUGGGAGGGAAAAGGUGCAGAAAUCUCUAGAACUUUUUCCGAGGGCAACUGAUGGUUGGUCUGAAAAGGAAUUACAGAAGCUCUACAGGGCCAUUGCUUCAUUUCCGAAGCACAAGAACGGCUUCUGGGUGGAGGUAGCCAUGGCGGUGGGGUCUCGCUCUGCUGAAGAAUGCCAGCAGAAGUAUGUAGAAGAACAACAGGCCAAAGGUUCCAAAACGCAUGCCAAGAAGACUGCCACCUCGGGAAAACCAGAGCAGAAAGAUAAGAAAGAGCCGGUUACGAUAACUGCCAAAGUGGGAACCUUCAAAAGAAAGCAGCAGAUGAGAGAUUUCCUAGACCAUUUGCCGAAGGACAACCACGACGAUAUUUUCACCGCGACGCCCUUUCAGAACAGAAGAGUAAAG